GUCAGUGCGCUAGCAUCGUUUGUCCCGAGCGGUUGUUGUACCUCCCGGUCCUCGUCUGUCACACAGCACACACGCACACGCAGCCCAGAGCGAGACGCAAGACUGAAAGAGCGUCGUCAGAGAAAGAAGAGGCCUCUAGAACAGAAGCGCGCGAUAGAGACUACUAGUUGUUAAAGAGGAGGCGCGCUGAGGUCAACAUUCAUCAACCGUACGCUGAAGUGUGUAGAGAGUGAUCGGUAUAAUCUAUCGGCCCCCGGUGCAAGCAGCAAGCUGAAAAUUGGAAAAACGCGCUCAUUCCGCGUGAAGAGAAAUCCCGCUAACUGACAGCACCGACUCACACGCACGCACGCACGCACAACGGAGCGUCAACCAGCAGCAGCAGCAGCGCGUCGUUAACGAUUUACUUGACCGGAAAGGCGAAAAAACCACCAACCCAAACCAAAUAAAAUGAGUUCCGCGGACAAAAACAGUGAAGUCGAGGUCGAGAAUGUUGCCGCGGCGGAGGAGAAAGCCGAAACCAAGGAGGUGAAAGGAGUCAAGCGGCCUGCCGAGGAGAAAACUCCAGAAUCCAAAAAAGUGAAGAAAGACGAAAACGGUGCCGGUGAAGAGGAGGAAGAUGUGGAAGACGAAGGUGAAGAGCUGGAGGGCGAGGACGAGGAAUACGACCUUCCCUACGGCGAUGAAGAGGACAUCGAGGCUGAAGAUGAGGAGGAUGAUGCUUCAAUCGAGGGCGAAGAAGACGAUGAGGAUGCGUAAUGAAUGAGUGGACAUUCGAGAGUGAGACUAACAAAAGAAAAAACAAAAAACAAACAAAACAAAAUAACUCUAGUAAUAGGUGAUUUAUUAUUUUGAAUUUGCGUUUAAAAAGGAGAGAGAGCGAGGCGCGCGCUGCAAAAGGUAUAUGCAUCGAUGAAAACAAUUGUAAAGUUUGUUUGUGUAUAUAUUUUAUAAAAAAUGAUGAAGAGAAAAACCAACAAAAAACGCAAAACACAACACACACACCCAUUCACCACACACAUACAAUCACACGCAGUACGCCAGUUAUACAAGACAGAGAGAGAAAGAAAGAAAGAAAGAAAGAAAGAGAGCGAGAGAAAACACGAUAAUAAAACAACAGGAUUUUCUCAACAACAAUUAUGCUGAGUGCAUAUACAUAUAUAUAUAAAUAUAUAUGUUAUGCAAAAAGAAGAAAGAGUUAUGCAAACCAACACACACACAGAACGGAACAUCAUCAUAUGCACAGUUGCAGAAAAGCGCAGGAUAGUAGAUUCAGCGCGUGUUACGCGAAGGCAUACAACUUUUUGCGCGCACCUACCAUAAGGUGGUGAGUAGUGGAAGAGGAACGAAGUAGUAACAGCAGCCUCUUCUCUGCUAUAAGAAUAAGUGUGUAGCACCCGACAAAGGAGAACGGUAACGACGGACACAAACGCGAGAUUAGUAAAUGGACGCGCGAGAAGAACAGGAUGAUGGCCCCCUAGUAAGAGAGAGAGAGAGUAUCGGAAUGUUUUCUCAGCUCAGUUUGUAAUCUAAGCAAUCUAUGCCAAGCCAGCCACUCACACAGGUCGCAGGUCUCGGUAUAGUUUUAGACGACUUCUAGAAGACUGUUGGAGGCAACAGAGUGCUCUUGCGAGCCUCUGAAAAUCACGAGUGCGCUAUAGAGGGUGCGCAGAAACACGGCUGGACAUUAGUCAUUAAAAAUGGGUCAAAACAUACAUUAGCCGCGGCGCGUGUUGCAUAGGAGAUAUUGGCAGUGAUGAUUAUGAUGAUGAUGAUGAGUGGUAUUAUAGCAAAGAAAAAGGUACACAAAUGGUCAGACAGAAAUCACACACUACUCACUCACACAGCAUUAUUAAAACAUUGAGGUGUGUUAUCCAUGAAGGUGGCUGAGAGACUAUAUAUGGAUCUCAUCAUCAAAUUGAUGUAAUUCAAUUUCGAUUUGUGGAGAGCCCUCUUUAGUGUGUAUCGGGGGGAGAGACGACGAGAUGGUGUCGUGCAUCAUCCUUUCCCCUUCAUAUUUGUGUGGCCCCAAGGCAGCCGAGGCGCACGUUACCAAACGCCACGCGCCGUGCAUCCCAGGACACUACACCGUACAGUGUGACUACUACUACUACUACUACUCGACGAGCAAAGGCGUGAGAGAGAUAUUGAGAGAUAAUAAAAGGACGACGGGAACUUACAAACCUGACCAAAACACACACACA